AUGGCCAUCACCAGGAUUGGGCUCAUCGCCUUAGCCGACGACGUCAAGCAAGACGAGGCCGUCGCACGGUUCAGCAACUUUGCUAACGAGUGCAAAAAGGAAGACGGCCAGACGUACAUCGUCGCGUCCAAAGCGAGCAAGUGCAAGGUCCUGACCGACGUGCCAGGCUCACAGUCGUGGAGCGUGGUUUACGAGAUUACUUUUGCGAGCGAGGCAGAUAUGGAGUACUACCAGACCAAGGACGCCGUUUACAAGGAGCUGAUGAAGCAGGCCGCCGAGGGGAAGGCGACUGGCUUCAUUGCUGUAUCGGCGGAGUUUUAA